AUGCCACCUCGAGCAGGGCCAUCGCGCCCUCAAUCUCGACCAAAAGGUAGACCGUCCUUCAUCCCUUCAACUCAAUUUCAAGCUGGGCCUUCUGACUCCAGAGCUCGAUCGGACAGAGAAGAAUCGGAAGAUCCAUUAGCUCUCAGUCCCAUCAAAGUGACCCCCACCAUCACUAGGACCAGAAGAAGUACGCGGUCGAGCAAUCUCAGAUCAUCGUCGCCUGCUUCUGUUACAGGAGGUUUGUCAUCUUCAACGCAAAGGGUGACAAGGGGAUCUAAGAGGAGAGACAGGGAGUACGAGGAGUUGGAAUUGGGUGAAGAAGAUUUGGUGCCACCAAGCGAGGAUGAGGAGUACGAGGAGUGGAAGGAGAGUAGAAGAGCUAGGACAGAUGAAGGUGAAGGCAAGGAAGUGGUCUUGGGUAUCGAUCGAGAAGCGGGAAUGGAAGAGGAAGAAGAGGAUAUGGCAAAGGGACUGAGAAGACCUAAGAAACCCGAUAAAAGGCUGGAUCAUAAUCGUACAUUCGAAUCACUCUUACCCUCUCCUUCACCUCCUUCACCUACACCGUCGAUAUCAUCUUCAAUUACCGAUGCCCGAUCAAGAGAGACAUCUCCGACGCAACCGCUAUCCUUCAGUCAGCAAGAUGAUCCCUUUUACACUGUAUAUGAAGAUGAAAGGUUAACACUGGAUGAAGAUGCGCGAGCUCGCUGGGAACAUGAUGAACUAGAUCUGUCGAGCGAAGUGCCUCGUUCUGAGAGCUUAGAUAGGCCGCUCGAAGAAGUAGCGAAGCAGAUCGAUGAAGGGAAGUAUAGAUCUGUCAUUUCGCAGGCUGUAUCAAAUUUGCCGCUCAGAUAUGAUAUCAAUAAGGAUGGUGUAGAAGCUGAAACAGUGGAUGAAAGCUCGGCCAUUGCGCGAAAUGACAAUGCGACUCCUAAUGAAGAAAGCUCAGAUCAUUCCACCCGAUCGAGAACCACUACACCUCAUACCGUCCCGAUGCUUCCGACCCGAGACGAAGGAUUCGAGACUCUCUUGCCUGAUGAUCGUGUGAUCGAUGAGUCCGACUCAUCGGUGGAUCAAGAGGGUUUGGCAUCGAUGGUUGUAGAUGAGGAUCUCCCAGCCAAACAGUCUUCCCAGAUAUCUCGCUCAAGUACCCCUCGUACACUGCCCUUCAUGCCCGACCAAGAUCAGGCCUUCGAGACUGUUCUUCCAGCCAUCGGACUCGAUCAUGAAGACCUCUCCAUUCGUGCUCAUCGCCCACCAACUCCUCAGACCAGUACGGAUUUGGUUGACCAUUCAAUGAUUUCGCCUCUCAGGGCACACUCUCCUACUCCUAGAUCGUCCGCUCGUGAUCCGAACGAUGAGAAUCCCUUCACCCCCGACGAAGUCCUCGUCUCUCCGUCCAAGCAGCCGACUUUGUUUAGACAGUCCUCUCCCGCCAAGUCACUUUCCCCUAUAUUCGCAGCGGUUGCUGAACUUCCCGAUAAUCCCCCAUCGUCUUGCAUACCUCAUCUGCCAGCUCCGAGUCCACCUCCCGCCGAUCCAGCUCUUGCGCAAUUUCGUGGCGCUCGUACAUUCCGAACCCGUACUGUUCUUCAGUUACAACCAUAUACCAAAGAGAGGCAGAUAUAUGAAGCUGCUCUUCGGAAAGGUGGGUUGAAAAAGGGAAAGAAAGCUAUCGCUCCUUCGAAAGAGAUCACUCAAGAGGAAGCCGAAGAAGAUGAGGCUCGGGUAUCUGAAAGCUCGGAAGCUAGUGCUGAAGAUGAAUCGCCAGAGCGAAUUGUGAUCGGAAAUACCCCUCCACUCAAUAAACCUAGAGAACCAAAGAAACUGGUGGACGCCGAUUUUGACGAGUACUUUUUCGAGCAUGGGACGGCUGCGGAUGAGAAUGACCUUGAUCAUAUGAAAGAUCUUCAAAAGAUCGCGAGAAGAAGGUUGAAAGCCGAGAAGGAGGAGAGAAAGCGUUUGAGGGCAGAUGAGAAAGAGAAAAGGGAAUUUGCGAGGUUGAUGAAAGAGAUGAGGGGUGAAAAGGAGGAUUCUGAUGAGCAGCAUGAGGACGGAGGUGGCCAACAAAAUGGCAAGUCUCGCAUUUCCCUACCGCGCCCUGCUGUCCGUACCAUUCGUACUCCUGCUGGAAUCAAGACAUACGGGAAUAAAGGUAGAACUCAACGAGCAGCCGUGCAACGUCCGUCAUCUGAUUCGGAUGAAGACGCACAACCUUCUACCAGACCACCGCUCAUAUCCCCAUCAAAAAGCCAAGGCAACACACCUACAGCUUCCUACAGAACUGCAUUCUCUGGCUUCAAUGACGCUGAUAUGGACGUCGGAUAUGGUCAACCUCAAGAUGACUCUGAUCCAGCUAUCGAUGCAGCAACCAGUCAUUCGCCUUUAGAACGCCAAAACUCGUUCUUCAUCGAUGAUCUCGCACGUUCACCCAGUCGCCCUCGUGCUAGUUUCGGUUCAGAAUCCGACUCUGCGUCUUCCAGUGCAAGUACUGUGCACGAUCGUCGACAGAAGAUAGCUAGAAGGAUGAUGCCUGCUGCGAUGCUGAGGAGACUUGAAGCUGAAGCCGCUGCCAGAGAACACCGUAAAGCUGAGAACAAGAAGAAACAACAGGCAGCAACCGAAUCUCCAAUUCGUCCUGGUCGGGCUGUGGUGAGAAGAGGUGGUGGACAAGUAAAUAUGAAUGGCUUAGAAGGUCUUUUCGACGAGGAAGAUCCCGAUGACAUAUUAGAACAGACUCCAACACCGUCAUUCUCUCGGUACAUUCCCAACUCAUCUGAUCAGCCUAUAGUGAUAUCAGACGGCGGCUCAUCCUCUGAAGCGGAAGAGGAUAAUCAAGCUGAGCAAACACUCGCAAGGCUUCAUAGAGGGGAUUUCGAGAGCAUUGUAUCAGGUAAACGAUGGAAAUCAGCCGUUAAGACGAAUCAUCAAGCGCAAUCACGUCCAAAAGCUCGAUCAAGUCAUUCUCGUCGACCAGCUUUGGGCUUAGCAAAACGUGUGCGUGCGCCUAUCAGUGAAAACAAUCGAGCAAUGGUACAAAAGCGGCUGGAUUUCCCUGUUAUGGACAAGUCACCAGUGUCGUCAUUGAAAAAGAAACGUAAAAGAUCCUUUCAUCAAGGUAAACAACAACGGCCUGCAAUCAGGCUGGACGAUCAUGUCAUAUUUGCCACAGCGGAUUUUGAAUUCGAUGAAGAAGAUGACACUCCUACCCGACCGAGCACUAAGGAAAAGCUCCAGACUAUCCCUAGACACUUCGCUCGUACGACUUCUGCUAAUCUGAAACAGAGCAAAUCAUUGGAUGCAGAUAUGGGGAAAGCAAGAUCAUGGGCGAACUUCGAUAAAUUUCCUAUCGACUUCGACAUCACACCUUUACCUUCUGGCUUGCAUUGCAUUGCAAACUCCAUACCUGGAAGUGGCAAACUGGACAGGUUAGUUCGAGAGAUAAGAGGGAAUAAAGAUGAGGAGAUGAUCGAUUCCUGCCUGGACUACGGGAUAGAGCUAAGACAAGAUAUGUCACCGAGCUCGAUUCAGGCUGUGGCACCCCUGCUUUUUGAUGCUGUCCAUCGACGAAUGGUCGUCAUUGCAAAUCAAGACGACGCGGAAGAAUUAGAGUUGGAAUGUUUUCGAUUUCUUGGGCGAUACGUCCGACAUCAUCACCAUGACAUCGAUGAAAAUGUAACUCUUCUCAAAACCGAAAUUGAAGAUGCUAUAGGUCAGCUGGAAGGGAAACUUGAGGAUAUAGAUAUUGGACGUGCCAAGCAAGGUCGAGAAGCUUUACUGAACCUGAGAUGGGCACUAGUCGAGCUUAGCUGUAGACUGGAAAUAGAUAAUUCGUCGUCAACAGGUGAAGCGCAUAUGUCCUUGCUGCAAAGAGCAUCUGUCAAGUUAUUUCACCACCUUCUAUCACAUGGUUUCGACAAGACCAUCCGCCCGCUCAAGCAGAUUAUGCGCGGAGAAUCUGACUCUGCAGAGAUCAAAGACCUCACGGUAACCCUUUGGAUCUCCCUCAUUCAUGUGCUCAUUGCAUGGGACGAGCGCGAAUGUCGAUCAUCUAACGACACGUUUUUGACCUAUCUGACCCAAGCCUUCGACAGCGUUUUCAACCUCGAUCAGACUGGUCCUAUCGCUGCAGAAAGAGUAUGGUUCCUGGUCUUCGGUCUAUGUGCCCUCACUCAAUUUGAUGCCGAUGGUCGAAUUAUUUCCGUUUUCGUCACUUCCCCAAGAUGGUCACUUGUACGACGGGCAGUUGGUCUUAUUAAAGUAGCAUUUGAUGAAGAUGCAGAAAAACGAGCUCAUCUGGAUCAGCUUCAAGGUCGAGAUAGGUAUAUCAAGGUGGUAAUGGCUCGUUGUGUGAGAUUAUCAGCCGUAUGGAAAUGGUCUUUUGACAGAGAAAGCUUCUCUGUGGCUACUAGGGAUCUGGGUAUAAUAUUCAAAGACCGACAAUAUAGAAAUCUACCUACCGAACCAUCAGUCGAUUAUCCGGAAUUCAUCACUCGCUUCGAUAUGUCACUCACAGCUGCGGAUGAUACGAAACGAGAGACCGCAUUCGAACUUUACUUGCGUCUGGUCUGUGUGGCUGCAUCGGAUAUCAUCUCUGCUGCUCAGACUCUAUCUGAAGCUCAACAAGCUGAAAAGGACGUACAAAGAUUGGUCAUGUCAAUCAUCCCUGUUAGUUCAGUCAAAUUCAAUCGAAUAUUCCCUCCUUCGCCUAAGGAUCUUGGUCAGUUGAUCAAUCGAUACUCAACAAUGAUUGCUAGUUGUUACUUUUCGCCUUCUCUGUUGACUUACCUUUUAGCAAAUUCUAAAAAGUGGUCAGCAUUCGAAGAGGCAGAUUUUGAUUCUCGACAAAUUUGUAUAAGGGGAUUGAUGUAUCUAUCAGUAGCGAGAAGACACCAUAAACAGCCUCUACAGCCUGUUGUCAAUCGAUUAGCCGAAUUGAUGGGCAUCUUGCAAAACGAACUGGAAAUCUUGACAGGACCCUCGAAUCAGACACUGGGUGUCGGACCAACUAAAUUAGAAAUUGAGCGUACGAUGGUCUUGAUUGUAUCUUGCUUUAGGCAGAUGAUUAAACAUCAUUCCUUCGAUGUGGAAGAGCAGAAGAAAGCGGUGUAUCCUGAUCCUUGUCUAUUGCAUGAGAGCUGGACCGUUCGUAUUUUCGACCUCGAACUAGCCAAAGAUCUGAAAUGCGGUCUUGAAGUCAUCGCUACCAUCCAAUCGUUCCUUGAUACCCGAACGGCCGCAUUGCCUAAACUAGCAAAACAGCGACGUGAAGCCAAAGAGAGUCAUAGUGAGAGCUUUGAUGAGUUUGGAUCACUGGGUAUCGACUUUACCGACGCAGACGUGCUGGCUUUAGGAGGUGAAUUGGGCGAAGAGGAGAAUGAGGUUGAGAAACAGGACGAGGAAUUUGCCAGAAUUAUUGAGGAAGUCAUCUCGCCCAAGAUCUACCGUCUAUUGUCAGACAUGCUGCCGCCUGUACCAGACGAUGAUGCAAGGAUAGAGCAUGAUGCGGACCAACAGGUAUUCAUUAGCAAGCUCACCAAGUGUUGGUCGGAUUGUGCAUCUGUCCUGGUCGUUGAGCAUCAGCAAUUGGACUGGUCAACAUUCAUCUCUCCUUUUGGAAGGCAAUCGUGGGCUAGAUUGGGAGAUGAAAGGGGAAGAGUUCAAGUGGGACUGCAUUUCAUGCUCAACGUCGCUCAGUCGGAUCCCGCCGCAUUCAGUCACCACGAGGAAGAUUUCAUUGCUCUACUUUUCCAAGUAAUCGGCACCGACAAGUUGACAGUCGAGCAUCACUACCUAUCAGCUCUUUUGGCUAUGCCUGGUGCAUAUAACCAUCCGCUACUUGCUCCGUUUGGUAGCAUCAAAUCCUUGGAAGGUGAAUUGAGUCGAGAUGGGUUCAUGGGUGUAAGAGAAGUGGCAUUGCGAUCUAUCUUUUCCGCAUUACCUGACUUACUCAAAUCAUCGAAAACUCCAGCAUCUACGAAAUCAUUCAUUUACAGGUGUAUCAACUUAUUCGUCUCAUCAAUCAUCUCAUAUGACCAAUCAAUCAAACCUAAUAAAGUCAUUCACAAAGAAUCAUACCGUGCAUUUACAGAUACCAUCAUUCGAGAUGUGCGGAAGUUUGCUGGAGAAUAUAUCAAUCCGCUGUCAGUUCCUGGGUUAAAGCAUUUUGAUAGUUAA